AUGAAUAGGCGACAGGUUCCCUUUGCUUUCGUGCCGGGCGUAGCGUCGAACGGGUACCGACACCGAGCACCCAUGAACCACCGAGUUUCAAAACGCAACAUCACCCGAGCGCUGAGAGUAUUCUGCAGGGACACGGGUGCACGUAACGCUCAACCACCGCCGCCUGAUGAACGGCCCGCUGAGCGACAAACUUCGAGUACGCUUGAGCAAGAGUUGAGACGCUUUCUCCAGCGAAAUCUUUUCUCUGGGUUCGGCACCUUUGAAGAGGAGCUCACUGGGCAGUCUGCCGGCGGUAGGAGCUUGCCGCAAGGCGCGGAUGACGGCGACGGACGCGAGAACGACACGGCAGCAAAGCGCCGUACACAACUGAGACGAAUCUGGGGUCUGUUUCGAAAGCUUGCUACUCCAUACUGGCGCGAGUCUCGUACGGCGAAAACAGACUUAGCGGCCGUGUUUGCGCUGACGCUACUCCAGUCCGGUGUAUCCGUGGCGUUUUCCUUUAUUGGUCGUGAUUUUUGGACGGCGCUCAGCAAUCGUAACCCCGAGCAGUUCACCCAAGAAAUGCUGCUCUUCCUGGGUGCGAUGCUCGUCGGCGUGCCGGUCGUUGUGUGGUACAGCUACGCCCGCGACCGUCUGGCGCUGCGCUGGCGGGCCUGGCUGACGCGCUUCCUCCUGGAACGAUACUUUUCCAACAGUGCAUAUUACCUGAUUCAAGCCCAACAGAGCCUGCUUCUGGAGAACCAGGAAAUGGAUGGACACGCGGCAGCACCGGAGAGGCCCCAGGUUGAAGUCGAUAACCCGGACCAGCGACUCGCUGAAGAUGUGAAUGCCUUUACGGCCACGUCAUUGUCGUUUGGCCUUACAGUGCUGACCUCUAUUCUGGAUUUGGCUUCGUUCAGUAGCAUACUAUUCAGCAUUUACCCGCAGUUGUUCGGAGUGCUCAUAGUGUACAGUGGCUUUGGUACUUUUGCAACGGCUGCGAUCGGGCGCCGUCUUGUGCAGUUGAACUUUCAGCAACUUCAGCGCGAGGCUGACUUUCGUUAUGCACUCGUUCGGGUGCGGGAGAAUGCCGAGUCUAUUGCCUUUUAUCGUGGAGAGGAGCGAGAGCGCAACGAGAGUGAAGAGCUUCUCAAACGAGCGGUAGAUAAUCAGGCAAAACUGAUCGUCUGGCAGAGAAAUCUGGAGCUUUUCACGACAGGCUACCGAUAUUUGAUCCAGGUCCUGCCGGGUUUUGUGGUUGCACCUCUUUAUUUUGCCGGCAGGAUCGAACUUGGAGUCAUUAACCAGUCCUACUCUGCUUUCAAUCAUAUUUUGAGCGACUUAUCCCUAUUUGUAACCCGCUUUGAGGCACUGACUGCUUUCAGUGCCGGUGUCGAUCGACUCGGUGAGUUUGCGGAAAUGCUGGACGCUGCCGUCUCUUUGAAUAAGCCAGAGAAUGCUGAACGCUGGAUUCGGAUGAACUUUGUGAGCGCGACGGAUCCGUAUCCGUUGCAGGUCGACAAACUGACCCUGUGUGUACCGCGCGACCGCAGCGCCGUCGAUACAGCCAAAGAGGGCACGUCGCUGUUCACCGAACGGGUCCUGUUUGCCGACCUGUCGUUUCAGCUUCGCCGCGGGGAGCGCCUCCUGGUGACGGGACCAUCGGGGGUUGGCAAGUCGUCUCUGCUUCGCGCUAUCGCCGGUCUCUGGCGACGAGGCCAAGGCCAAGUGCGACGCUCGGCCCGCGAAUCGACCUUCUUCCUGCCGCAGAAGCCGUACUGCACGCUAGGUUCACUACUCGAGAACCUGUAUUAUCCACAGACACCGCCCGUCGCGCAACAAGACGAGCUGCGUUCUAUCGCGCUGAAAACGGUUACGUUCAAUGGACGUUCCAGCGCUGGAACGGAACUCGCACGUGACUCCCGAACGAGCCCGCUCGCAGAGCGCCUCUGGCAGGUGCUCGAAGCCGUGGGUCUCAGUGAACUGGCGCAGCGCUUUCCCGAGGGUCUUCGCGCCGUGCGAAACUGGUCAGAGGUUCUCUCGUUGGGGGAGCAGCAACGCUUGGGCGUCGCCAGACUCUUGCUUAAUGGUGCGGAUUUAGUGAUUGGUGACGAGUUCACAUCGGCGCUUGAUAUCGCCUCCGAGGCGCGGGUGUACGCAGCAAUCCGACAACUCGGUGCAGCUGUCGUCUCGGUGGGGCACCGACCCUCAUUGCUCCAGUAUCACACCAGAAUGCUGCGCCUGCGCCCGCGCUCACGACAUGACCGCCAUCAUCCCUCGCCAGAUCCUGAACCCGUAUGUGACUGGGAAUUGCUUGACAUCGAGAGCACAAGCGCGAAAUCGAUGACCUGGACAGAGCCCGCGCUCUUCGAAUAG